CAUCCAAGUCUUCGGGUCGGGUUCGGAUCGGGUAUUGUCGGGUCCGGAUCCUUCGGAUCCUAGCAAUUUAGACCCAUAUAGGUACCUAUAACUUUUCGGGUCGGUUCCGGGUCGGGUCUUGUCGGGUCCGGGUCGGUUCGGAUCUAUAAUUUCAAUAUCCGUAAAAUACCCAAAAUUUUUGGGUAUAUUUCGGAUCCGGGUCGGUUCGGGUAUUUAGGACCCGAAAUAGACCCGAAAUACCCGAACUGGACCCGAAAACUCUAAAAAUACCCGAAAUACCGCAAAAAUACCCAAAAAUUUAUCUAAAAUCAGACCCGAAAACCCAAAACAUACCCGAAUUUUACCUGAAUACCCAAAUUAUAUUUUCUAAAAAUCUAAAAUUUCACCAAAAACCUACAAUUAUACCCGAAAAUCUAAACCCGAAACUUUUAAAAAAAUCCGAAAUACCAAAAAUAUACCCAAUCACCCAAAUAUACCUAGUAUAUACAAUUAUUUGCGGGUACUUCGGGUACCCGAACGGAUCUCGGGUAGGAUCCGGACCCGAAUCGAGAUCCGCGGGUCCAAAAAAAAAAGACCCAAUAGGUACUUAGCAUGAACCCGGACCCGAACCCGAACCUGUAUUUUCGGGUCGGUUCCGGUUCGGGUCUUCGGGUCCGGGUAAAAUGCCGAGGCCUACACACUCUUCUUCUUCUUCUUCUUCUUCUUUUACGUCUUUUACGUCUUUUACCUUCUCUCUCUCUUUUCUGCUUUACCUCAAACCCCUCUCUCACUCUCUCUGUCUAUUAUUUUUCAUCAUCCAUGGAAGAAAAAGCUCAGAGUCAUCAUACUACCAGACACACCCUUAAUUCCAAAUCAAGAACACCUCUUCUCCGCAAGCCUCCUCCCCUUUACCAUGUUCACACCAAUCCUCCUCCUUUCCCUUCUUCUCCCCAACAAAAUCUAAGCCUCGUCCCGUCCAAUCUCCACUCUAGCUACUACUACUAUUACUACUGCUUUUACUCUCAGUUUCACAACACUCUUCCUUCUCUUCCUUUACUUCCUCUACCUACUGACCAAAGAUUCUUCCACCCGAUGACCAAAGCUCUCCCUCUUACCCCAGUUGUGGAGAGAAAGCAUCAGCAACAGCCGAAGACGCAAGUUUCAGAACAUAGAAACAUCAAAGUUGGGUCCACAGGAACAGCAACAGAAGCAGCAUUAGUGGUUGCUAAAAGACCUGACUCUGGUGGUCAUGAAGGCUCUGUUAUAUAUCUCCUAGCCAACCAUUUUCUUGUCAAGUUUGAUCCUUCACAGAAGAUUUACCAUUACAACGUUGACAUCUCUCCAAACCCUUCAAAAGAAAUUGCUCGGAUGAUCAAACAGAAACUCCUGGAGACUGAACCGAGAAGCUUCUCUGGUGCUGUCCCUGCUUUUGAUGGUAGGAAGAACAUUUACAGCCCUAUGGAGUUUCAAGAAGAUAGGCUUGAGUUCUUUGUUAACCUCCCUAUCCCAUCAUGCAACACUUUGAUGAAGUGUUGUGACUUGCGCGAGAAGCUACCUCAGAAGAAGGUUGAUAAACUUUUUAGGGUUAACAUGAGGCUUGUGUCCAAGUUUGAUGGGAAGGAACAGAGGAAGGAAGGUGAAAACUGGGCUCCUCUGCCUCAAGAAUACAUUCAUGCUCUUGAUGUGAUCUUGAGGGAGAAUCCAAUGGAGAAGUGUACUUCCAUUGGAAGAUCUUUUUAUUCGACUUCUAUGGGUGGAUCCAAGGAGAUUGGAGGUGGAGCUGUUGGACUCAGAGGGUUUUUCCAGAGCCUUAGACAGACUCAACAAGGUUUAGCACUUAACAUGGAUCUCUCAAUAGCAGCAUUCCAUGAAAGCAUUGGUGUAAUAGCUUACUUGCAGAAGAAGCUAGGUCUUCUCAAGGAUCUUUCUAGGAACAAAGGCAGAGAACUUAGCUUGGAGGAAAGGAGAGAAGUUGAGAAAGAAAUUAAGAACAUAAGAGUAUUUGUUUGCCACAGAGAAACUGUUCAAAGAUACCGAGUAUACGGGUUAACAGAUGAGAUCACUGAGAGAUUAUGGUUUCCUGAUAGAGAUGGGAAGCAAAUAAGGCUUGUGAGUUACUUCAAAGAUCAUUAUGGCUAUGAGAUUCAGUUCAAGAACUUGCCAUGUCUUCAGAUUAGUAGAACAAGACCUUGUUACCUUCCUAUGGAACUAUGUAUGAUCUGUGAAGGCCAAAAGUUUCUUGGAAAGCUUUCAGAUGAUCAGGCUGCAAAAAUUAUGAAAAUGGGCUGCCAGAAACCUAAUGAAAGGAAAGCUAUUAUUGACAAUGUUAUGGCAGGACCGGUCGGUCCAUCGAGUGGAACUCAAACGAGAGAGUUCAACUUGGAGGUCUCUAGAGAAAUGACAUUGCUGAAAGGAAGAAUACUUCAGCCCCCAAAGCUUAAACAUGACAGGUCAAGGAACCUACUAGAGAGCCGAGCUUUUAAAGGGACUCGAGUCGAGAGAUGGGCUUUGAUGAGUAUUGGAGGCAGCCCUGACCAGAAAUCUACCAUUCCCAAGUUCAUAAACGAGCUCACUCAAAAGUGUGAGCAUUUAGGAGUCUUCCUAAGCAAGUACACUUUAAGCAGCACCUUCUUUGAGCCAUCACACAUACUCAACAACACUACUCUUCUUGAGUCUAAACUGAAGGAUAUUCAAAGAGCUGCAUCAAACAAUCUCCAGCUGAUUAUCUGUGUAAUGGAGAGAAAACAUAAAGGGUAUGGAGAUCUAAAGAGGAUAGCAGAGACAAGAAUUGGUGUUGUGACACAAUGCUGCUUAUACACUAACAUCACUAAGCUCAGUUCUCAGUUUGUUUCAAACUUGGCUCUCAAGAUAAACGCCAAGAUUGGUGGGGCAAUGACAGAGCUCUACAACUCAAUACCUUCUCACAUUCCAAGAUUGAUUAGAGUCGAUGAGCCGGUGAUCUUCAUGGGAGCUGACGUAACGCAUCCUCAUCCGUUUGAUGAUUGCAGCCCUUCUGUAGCGGCUGUGGUCGGGAGCAUAAACUGGCCAGAAGCUAACAGACACGUCUCUAGAAUGCGGUCUCAGACUCAUAGGCAAGAAAUCAUUCAAGAUCUUGACUUGAUGGUCAAGGAACUUCUUGAUGAUUUCUACAAAGCCCUAAACAAGCUUCCGAACCGGAUCAUAUUUUUCAGAGACGGUGUGAGUGAGACACAGUUCAAGAAAGUCCUCCAAGAAGAGCUUCAAUCCAUCAAAGCCGCUUGUUCUAAGUUCCAAGGUUACUAUCCGACCAUCACUUUCUCCGUGGUCCAGAAAAGACAUCACACGAGGCUGUUUCGGUGCGGUCCUGACCAUGAUCAGAACAUCCCUCCUGGAACGGUGGUUGAUACGGUGGUAACUCAUCCGAAAGAGUUUGAUUUCUAUCUUUGUAGCCACGUGGGAGUAAAGGGCACGAGCAGGCCAACUCAUUAUCACAUCUUGUGGGAUGAGAGCGAGUUUACUUCAGAUGAGUUGCAGAGACUUGUGUAUAACUUGUGUUACACUUUCGUGAGAUGCAAGAAACCUGUUUCCAUUGUGCCACCGGCAUAUUACGCUCACCUUGCAGCAUACAGAGGAAGACUAUACAUCGAGAGAUCGUCUGAAGCUAAUGGAGGAUCCAUGAAUCCAUCUUGUGUCUCUCGAGUGGGUCCCCCCAAGACGAUUCCAUUACCUAAACUAAGUGAUAAUGUUAAGAAUCUCAUGUUUUACUGUUGACUAUUAAGAAAGUGUUCUUAAUUUGAGUUCCACUUCAAUUUAUCACAUGUUAUUAUUACCAAAA